AUGGCACGACAGCUUGUGUUUCCGUGGGAAUGCCGCGACAAGGAAGACCAGGCAUUCGCUGCCUACAGUAAUCCUCUUCGCCGGACCAACCAGCUGCUCGUCGAGGAGAACAUGAGACUCAAACGGAUCCUUCGCGAAAAUGGCAUCGCUUGGUCACCCUUGGCGCAGAAUCAUCUGAACCAGAAUGACCCUACGAGACGCAAGACCCGGUCAUCCACCGCCGCCGGCCUUGGAGACGCGGUUUCGCCUUUUCUACCCACCGAGGUCCUCUUGCGGAUUCUCAAGUUUGCCAUGAAAAGCAAAUAUCCCAUCAUUGACCCGCUCAGUCCCGUCACGGCCGAAAAUCUCACGGACGAAGAGAAGAAGAGAGGCAACCAAAUCGCCAUCCACUUUUUGGCAACAUGCAAAGCAAUGCAAGCCGAAGGCACACGGAUCCUCUGGGAGUCGAACCACUUCAUCUUCACCACCCCUCAGGCUCUGCGCAACUUCAGCGAGCUCAGCUUCCACUAUCGGCACAAGAUUCUGCACAUCAACCUCCGCAUCAUUGCCCGCUAUUACGAUGACCAGCGCCGCAGGCACAAGCUCGAACGCUACUAUCACCCGGAUCUGAAGAGAGAUCAACCUCUCAAGAUUCAGAUGCGCCCCAAGGAAUCGCCUCUCGUGCGUGGCGGCUUCCGCUGCUACACCUGGAAUCAGGUCAUUGAUUUCCUCCUGGCCCUGCGCGCGCCCUACGAUCCGAACUACAAGGACAAGAAGAAUCCGAGACCAAGGCUCCUUCCUUCACUGUCGUCGUUGCGGCUCGACCUGGUCAACUUUUCAGACUCCCUCUUGCCAUUUUCUGGAUCUGAGCUCCACGAAGUAGCCUCCCACGAGCUGGGGUGCACAUUAAACGAGCUUCAGGUGACAGGGAUGCCAUUCGAUGACGUCGGCAUGAAAGCUUCUGCCGAGCUCAGUGGCCUGGUGAAAGAUGAAGGCCUCUAUCUAGAUGCAUCUGCUGCCUUCAUCGCCCUUCCCAAGGGUCUGCAGAGCCUCUCGGGAGACAAUUGGUGCGCUCGAGUGAUUAGAGCAUACAAGGAUCUCAAGGACGAAAUGGAAGAAGAAGGCCUCGGAUUCGGCGGUGAUGAAGACGACGACGAGCAGUUUCACCUGCAUUCGUUUGAGGGCUACCACAAGGUGGGCACGCUGCCCGCUGCUCCCUCUGAGGAAGGCCAUCCUCCCUCAACUCGCGAGGAGAAGAGAGUCAUCUGGAAGAAGGUUCCCGUCGCCCGCGAGUCGGACAAGCGCAUCUGGAUCCAAUUCUCCCGUCUCAACGGCUAUGAGGUUGAGGAAUCGGUUUGGGAUAGUGACGACGAUCGCAUCUGUCCAUGCUGCGGUGAUUCGCACCCUGGCUCGUCCAUCUUCGGACUCAUGAGCGACUACGAGUGA